UGAAUACAAUUUACUUAACUCAUCAAAUCAAUUGAGAAAUCAAAAAUUGCUAAAACAAUUCCGUGCCACAUUUUGAAUGUUACUGUGAGUAUUACAAUAUUCAGUAUUUAGAUUUCGUUUCAUUUUAGAUUUAGAUCACUUCUCUUUACACAUAAUACGCAUCUAUUGUCAAGUUUUACUCAUUUAGUGUUUAAUAAAAAUAAUGGUAAAAUCUACGAUUUUUGUAUUAUUUGCUUUGUGCUCAACCAUAAUUGCUUUCCCACUCACUGGACCGAAUGCUUUUAAGCUUGGUAAUAUCGAACACACUUAUGCAAUUGGGUUUGAAAUCGGGCAAAUGGAUUCACAAGUUGGUCCAUUUCAUUUGUCCGUUGCGAUACUUAAACAACUUGGCGAAAUGUUUUCAUAUGUUUUGGAUACAAAACAUGGAUUGAACGAAUCUACGAUUUUUACAGGCUUCUCAUUUGAAAAUUAUACGGUAAAAACGUUUAUGCCAUUUAGUGAAGUUGAUGCGAUUUCCUUUGAUUGGGAAGACAAGGUCAGGGUCUUUAGAAAUAUUGACGAUGUUAACAUUCAGACUGCUUAUUUGACUGAAAUUGCACCAAACCAUUCAAAUAUUACCAAGAAAUAUUGUAACACUGAGAUUUAUCCAACAAAGGACGAAGACCAAAAGAAUAGGGAAAAGUGCCUAAAAAUAGAAUUUCCUCAAAGUUCUGUACUUGAUGUAAGAUUUUAUGCCAAUUCCAAAAAUUGAUUCCAUUUUUCGAUAUGAUGU